GAAGAGGUCAAAGGUUGCACGCGGAGAAGAGAAGCGGUCGCAGCUAGGCUUCACACCGGUUCAGUGACAGCCAUGUUGAGACCUCUGAAGAUCGCCCGUCUGUCAACUCGCUGCUGCUCAAACUUUGUCUCCAGGAUGAGGUAUGUGAACAGGCUGAAGGAGGAUGAUGAAUUGUGUUCUGCAGCGCUGCAGAACGGUCACAUGUUCCUGUUCCACCGUCUGUCACCUCUGCUGCAACGCACCCAGCAGGGAACCUUCAGACCAGCAACACUGAUCACCUCAGACGUGCAGUCGAUCCUGGAGAGACUCGGCUCAGAGAGAACCCUGCUGAAGGAGUCGGUUCUGAUUGGCUGCUCUGAACAGAACCAGGUCCAGUUCUGUCUCGACGUCGGGGAACUGGAUCAGGCAGCAGUAGAAGAAGAGUGUGGAGGAACCUUCAUCAGUCUGAGGAAGUCCUUCUUUCUUCUGACAGGACGAGACGCUCCUCUAGUGGCCAAGGGUCAGGCUCUGCUGCGCUGGCAUCAAACCAGCGGAUUCUGCAGCGCCACCGGUGAGCCGACCCAACGCAACCAGGCAGGAAGUCAGAGAGUCUGCAGCAGCUCCGGCAUCAUCUACUAUCCCAAGAUGUCUCCAGUGGUGAUCGUCCUGGUGUCUGAUGGGAAACGGUGUUUGUUAGGCCGGCAGUCGUCCUUUCCUCAGGGGAUGUACAGCGCUCUGGCCGGCUUCUGUGACAUGGGUGAGACCCUGGAGGAGACCCUGAGCAGGGAGGUGGCGGAGGAGGUGGGUCUGGAGGUCCACAGCGUCUCCUACAGCUCCUCUCAGCACUGGCCUUUUCCUCAGAGCUCCUUCAUGAUGGGCUUCCACGCCUCAGUUAGCCCCGCCCACACUCAGUUGUCCGUGGACCACACGGAGCUGGAGGACGCUCGCUGGUUCAGUCUGGAGGAAAUCACCUCCGCCCUGCAGGUGAAGACUCCGCCCAGGAGGGGGAACCCCCCCGUCCUCUGGCUUCCUCCAAAACACGCCAUCGGCAACCGCCUCAUCACAGAGUGGAUGGACCGCCAGCGACGCGGCCAGGGGGGAGAGUGAUCCAGACCAAACCUCCACAAAUCAUCCAGACUACAGAACCUGAACCCACAGACCGACUGAGACCAGAAGGACUUCUUUAUAAGAACCACCAGAACCAACCAUGUACGGAGCUACACACUCAGAACCCUCUAGAUCAGCCAACACAGAGGAUUCAGGCAGGGAGGCCUCCACGGGGGGGGUAAAGAUCCUAGGGGAGGGGAAGGGACAGGUGUGUAGAGGACAGGUGUGUAGAGGACAGGUGUGUAGAGGACAGGUGUGUAACAGACUCUGAUGUCCUCACAACAAGGUGUUCUGUCCAUGGAUGGAGACUCUGAACUCAGGAGCUGAUCUCAGAUCAGUCUUUAAUGGACUUUUGAAUGUAUAAUACAAAGUGAAGCUGUGGGUCAUCACCUGUUUCUGUCUUUG